UUCGCCGGCCGCGGUCCAGCGGACAGACCGCGGCGCCGGUCCGAGCCCCGGACUGAAGCUGAAGCAUGAGGCGCAGAGAGCGGAGCAGCUUCCGGGUUCAGACCGGUGUGCACGCUCACCGCUCGGUCCAAAUAUGGGCUUCCCUCGCGUCACAUUUGGGAGCAUACGUCACGCAGGAGCGUCUAUAAAGAGCCGGCUUCAUUCACAAAGUUCACAACAUGACACGUUCACUGGACGCUGGGAUUCCGCAGCUCCGCGUCCUGCACUAAACAUCCAACACUUCUCCAGCGGGACCCGGAGCCGUCGAGCCUCCAGCCUCGGCUUCCCCCGAGACUCACGGCCCGCAGCAGCGUCCAACCCGACUCAGCGCCUCUCCGCCCGGCGCAGGAGCGGAGAGCGGCUCGGUCCUCCAGGAACAGCCCGGUGCUCUGCAGCUCCAGGAGCGGCCGCUGAGCUCCUCUAACGCCGCCUCCAGCUCUCCCUCCUCCGCAGAGAUGGCAGCGACCAAAGCGGAGCUGCUGCGUUCCACCAUGCAGAUCUCAGAACCGCUGGCCGGCUUCCUGCCGCCGCUGUCCCCGCUGGACGGCUUCCACAAGCUGGAGGAGCUGCACAUGCUGCUGCAGAACGCCGCGGCCGCAGCGGAGGGAGCCGGAGAGUACGGAGAUUCUCUGUUGGAGUUCCCGGACUUCCCCCCUACCACCCCCCGCCUCCCCCCUCUGGCCUACAGUGGUCGUUUCACCUUCGAACCGUCCGGCGGUGUCAGCGCCCUCUGGGCGGAGCCUCUGCUCAACCUGUUCACGGGGUUGGUCAACAUGGCAGCUCCUCCCCCUGCAGCCAGCAGCCUCUCCGCCCCUUCAUCGUCAGUGACAUCAUCAGUGACAUCAUCGACGCUGUCCCAGCAGAGCUUCAGCUGUGUCUCCGCUGACGUGGCCUCGGUCUUCUCCCCCCCGCCGCCGUUCACCUCCGACCUCCUCCCCCCCCCCGCCGGCUCUCAGCAGAACCCUCAGACCUUCCGGCCACAUGGCCCCCCUCCUGCCUACCCCGCCUCCAGGCCUGAGCCGGCCUCCCUGGCGGGGCCGGUGCUCCCGGACUACCUCCUGUCGCAGCAGGACGACGAUCUGGGUCUGAACCGGGACCAGAAGCCCGUGCUGCCGCAGACCCUGAACCCUCAGCUCACGCCGCUGUCCACCAUCAAAGCCUUCUCCUCGCAGAUCCAGACCCAACCUCCUGGCUCCGCCUACCAGCUCACCAAGUCCGGUCGAACCAGGAAGUCCCCUGUGGGCAGGCUGUGCAAGACUCCGCCUCACGAGCGCCCGUACGCCUGCCCCGCCGACGGCUGCGAGCGCCGCUUCUCCCGGUCCGAUGAGCUGACGCGUCACGUGCGUGUGCACACGGGCCAGAAGCCGUUCCAGUGCCGCAUCUGCAUGCGAAGCUUCAGCCGCAGUGACCACCUGACCACGCACAUCCGCACGCACACCGGGGAGAAGCCGUUCGCCUGCACCGAGUGUGGACGCAAGUUCGCCCGCAGCGACGAGCGCAAGCGCCACGCCAAGAUCCACCAGAGACAGCAAGAGCGCAAGAGUGACAGGAGCUCCGCCCCUUCUGCCCCCCUCCCCGUCACAACACCACCCGCCUACUCCUACACUCACACCUCCUUGCCCUGCUCCCCCUACACCUCCUCCGCUCACAGCUCCCCCUCCCUCUCCAACCCACUCUUCACCUCCUCCCUCUGCAUGCAGGCAGCCUCCCCCUGCUUCACCUCCCCCUCCUCCCCCCACCUGUACGCCUCCUCCUGCUCCUCGCCGACCGCGAGUCCUCGGUCGGAGCUCCCCUCCCCAAACAGCUCCAGCCUCUGCUGAUAAACCCGAAGUCCGCCGUGACCUUUGACCUCAGACUGAAACUUUAACCUGAUCAGCACCUUUCAGAUAAACACUUUAUUUUUGUGUUUGUCCAGUGUUGACGAGGUCAAAGGUCGAUAGCCGUGUGCAGCAGAGCAGCCGACGCGUGUUUGAGUCCGUCUGAAAAUCAGAACCAAACUUUAAUCUUCAGCACAAAAAGCUCUGGACCAAAGUGCAGAAUGUAGAGACUUGAUGCUCUGUGAUUGUGUUUCUUUAUGAAGUUUACACGUUGUGUUCAUUCAUGAACACAAGUCUUCACCUACUGAGUAGGUCAGUGUUAUAUACUGAACAUGUUUCUACUUCAGAGACGAGAAUAAAACGUCUAAAUCCA